AUGCAAGGCCGUAACGAAAAUAUCCUAACAUCAUCCGACAAAAUUAUGGCUUUUAAUGAAAAAUUAAUUCUGUGGAAAACUCAAUUUGACCAAAAUAAAUUAACUAUGUUCCCACGAACUGCAGAGCGAGAUGUAGACGCCAGUCUCAUAUCGUUAAUUAGCGAAUCUAUGAUGUUACUGAAAGACAAAUUGACGAAAUACUUUCCCAGCAUAAAUGUUGAAGACUAUGACUGGGUGCAGAAUCCAUUCAGUGUAUCAGUUAAUGAGGUAAUUGGUUUGACAUUUGCGGAAGAAGACAAUCUUAUCUCACUGAAAAAUGAUCGAACAAUGAAGCUAAAAUUUAAAGAAAUGACGGUUAACAAAUUUUGGAUAUAUGCUCAAGCUGAAUUUCCUGAAAUAUCUAUAAAAGCAAUAACAAUUUUACUACCAUUCUCCACAUCAUAUCUAUGCGAACAAGGAUUCUCAGCAGUUACCACUAUAAAAAGUAAAAAAAGAGAAGACUUCGAUCCGUAG